GCGAGGGCUGGGCAGAUGGCAGAGGAGAAGGACAAAAGGCGGAGGGAGCAGCCGGCGGGCCGGUCGGGAACCGAGCAGGAGGGUUGGGAGCGAGUGCUGUUUGCGACGCCCGGGGAGUCCUGGUCGUGGACCCGCCCGUCGGGAUGGGACGAGCCGAGCCUGUUGAGCGCGGAGCUGUCGGCCCAGGGGAGCCAAGAGGCGGCGGGCCCCGGGGAGGGAGGGGCAAAGGCUGACCCCGGGGAGGCGGCGGGGCAGACGCCGAGAGACUCGGACGGUCGGGGCGGAGAGGAGGGGGCGGGCGCCCCGCCUGCGCGGCCGGGGGGCGGGGAGAUGGCGGAGGCUGGGCUGGAGGCCGCGGCGCGCAGUGAGGGUUCCGCACCGCAGCUGGGGAGCUGGAGUGGAGAGGACCCGGGGGAGCCCGAGAGCGAGGCGAAGGAGCAGGGCCGCCGGGAGGACGGCUCGUUCUGGGAGCAGUACUGGGAGGGGGCCCGGCAGCGCUACCGGGAGAGGGCGGCGAAGCACAUGUCCAGCAGCGCCCGGGAGGGCGAGUGGCGGUACCCCUUGGAGAAGAAGGCCAAGCUCUCGGACAUCGUGGGGCCGGAGGAGUCGCUGACGGGGUCGCUCUGGGACAGCCAGACCCUCCGCGAGCGGAAGAGGGAGACCGUGGCGGCUGAGUCCGCGGAGCAGCAGUUCCGGCGGCCCAAGUUCAAAUUCAGUAUCCAGUCCUCGAAGGCCGGCCAUCUCCCUUCGGACACCUCGUUCAGCAUCAUUAACGAGCUGGCGAAGAUGGGCGACCCCGAGGUCCUGGAAAUGGUAAAGGAGGAAGGAAGAAGACUCAAUAGGCAAGCAGACUUUGAUUUAGGAAUGAGUGAGAGCCUGAGCAGCAGAGAGACCAGCUAUCUCCUCAAUGAAGCAGGAUUGCCUGCAAAGAGAUACAAUUUGUUCCUGAGGCGACGUCUUAUGUUUGAUAAAGAUAAACAAAGCAAAGACUCCAUCUUCUUCCGAGAUGGGAUUAGGCGAAUCGAUUUUGUGCUUUCCUAUGUUGAUGAAGUAAAGAAAGAAGCCGAAAUAAAGAUGGAAAGAAGAAAAACGUUUGAAGAAAACCUCAGAAAAACAGGUCUUGAGUUGGAAAUUGAAGACAAAAGGAACUCUGAAGAUGGAAGAACUUACUUUGUCAAGAUCCAUGCCCCUUGGGAGGUAUUAGUUACUUAUGCUGAAGUGUUGGGCGUCAAAAGGCCAAUUAAGGAGAGUGAUAUUCUGCGACCGGAGGAAAGCUCCUUAGUUCUUGGGCCUCUGAAGCUCCCAAAGAAUGUAAAGCAUCCUGAUCCGGAUUAUUUCACUGUCCAAUUUACCAGACAUCGCCAGGAACUCUUCCUCAUUGAGGACAAGUCAAGCUUCUUUCCAUCCUCAUCAAGAAACAGAAUUGUUUAUUAUAUUCUUACCCGAUGUCCUUUUGGCAUUGAAGAUGGGAAGAAAAAGUUUGGGAUUGAAAGACUGCUGACUUCUAACACUUAUUCAGCUGCCUAUCCACUCCAUGAUGGUCAAUAUUGGAAGCCAUCAGAACCUCCUAAUCCUGCUAACCAAAGGUACAUACUUUUCCAGAAUUGGGCUCGGUUUUCCUAUUUUUACAAGGAGCAGCCUUUCGACUUGAUUAGGAAUUAUUUUGGAGAAAAAAUUGGCAUGUAUUUUGUCUUUCUCGGAUUUUACACAGAAAUGCUGGUCCUUGCAGCUGUAGUUGGUUUAGCUUGUUUUAUUUAUGGCUUAUUUUCCAUUCAUUCUAGCACAACGAGCAUUGAAGUCUGUGACCCUGAGAUUGGAGGUCAGAUUAUCAUGUGCCCACUCUGUGACCUAUUGUGUGAUUUUUGGAGACUAAAUACUACAUGUUUGUCUUCAAAGGUCUCUCAUUUAUUUGAUAAUGAGUCCACAGUAUUCUUUGCAAUAUUCAUGGGAAUUUGGGUCACAUUGUUUUUGGAGUUUUGGAAACAGCGUCAAGCCAGACUGGAGUGUGAUUGGGACCUGGUAGACUUCGAGGAGGAGCAGCAGCAGCUUCAGCUGAGGCCAGAAUUUGAAGCCAUGUGUAAAAAGAGGAAAAUUAAUCCUGUGACUCAGGAGAUGGAGCCUCACAUGCCUCUGAAGAGUCGGAUCCCAUGGUACUUCUUAUCAGGAGCCACAGUAACGUUAUGGAUGUCUCUUGUCAUUGCCUGUUUGGUGGCUGUGAUCGUGUACCGCCUGUCAGUCUUUGCUACAUUUUCCAGAUUCAUGGAAACUGAAGCAUCCUUAAAGCAUGUCAAAAGUUUUCUCACUCCUCAGAUAGCUACAGCACUCUCUGGGUCAUGCUUAAACUUUAUUGUCAUCUUGAUCUUGAAUUUCUUUUAUGAAAAGAUAUCCGUCUGGAUUACAAAGAUGGAAAUCCCUCGAACUUACCAGGAGUAUGAAAGCAGCCUGACCUUGAAAAUGUUCCUGUUUCAGUUUGUAAAUUUUUACUCAUCAUGCUUCUACUUAGCUUUCUUUAAAGGGAAGUUUGUGGGCUAUCCUGGAAAGUACACAUAUUUGUUUAAUGUGUGGAGAAGUGAAGAGUGUGACCCUGGAGGCUGCCUAAUAGAACUGACCACCCAGCUGACCAUCAUAAUGACUGGGAAACAGGUCUUCGGAAACAUUCAAGAAGCCAUUUAUCCGUUGGCUCUGAAUUGGUGGAGACGCCGAAAAGCUCGGACCAACUCUGAAAAGUUAUACAGUCGAUGGGAGCAGGAUCAUGACCUUGAGACUUUUGGAAAUCUUGGACUAUUCUAUGAAUACUUAGAAACAGUUAUCCAAUUUGGAUUUGUUACCUUAUUUGUGGCCUCUUUUCCUUUGGCUCCUCUUCUUGCUCUCAUGAAUAAUAUUUUAGAGAUUCGAGUGGAUGCCUGGAAACUCACUACUCAGUACAGGAGACCUGUUGCAGCUAAAGCUCAUAGCAUAGGUGUUUGGCAAGACAUUCUUCAUGCAAUGGCUGUUCUUUCUGUUGCAAGUAAUGCUUUUAUUGUUGCAUUUACAUCGGACAUCAUUCCUCGUUUAGUUUACUACUAUGCCUAUUCAACAAAUGGCAAUGAACCUUUGAAAGGAUAUGUCAAUAACAGCCUGUCAGUCUUCCUGAUAGCCGAUUUACCAAACACCACUGCACCUUUGGACAAACGAGACUUCACCACUUGCAGGUACAGAGAUCACAGAUAUCCCCCUAAUCACGCAGAGAAAUACUCUCAUAAUAUGCAAUUCUGGCACGUCCUUGCUGCCAAAAUGACCUUCAUCAUAGUCAUGGAGCAUGUUGUGUUUUUAGUUAAAUUUUUGUUGGCUUGGAUGAUCCCUGAUGUUCCAAAAGAUGUUCUGGAGAAAAUUAAGCGAGAAAGGCUAAUGACAGUCAAGAUUCUCCAUGACUUUGAGCUUAAGAAAUUAAAAGAGAACUUGACAUUUGAUUCUAGUGAAUUUGCCAAGGAAUUCAUGAUUCAGGAAAACAAAGUAUAGCUGGCUAAAUCAACAAUCUAGUCACCAAAAUGAGUAAGCAGCUGGGAGCCUGACUGGCUUCACAUUUUCCCUAGAUUAGGGCCAGAGGCCAGAAGCCAUGUGUCAAUUUUAUCCCUUCUUUUUUAACUCAAAGUUUUUGUACACUUUUAUAGAGGCCAACUUUGUGAGGUCAGAAGAAUACCUUCUCUGCUCCAUUGGCUGGGCCCUCCCUAGAUAUUGUUUUCUGGGAUUCUAUAAAUGAUUGUUAAAAGUGCAUGUGGAAUCAGAAUAUGGGAAAUCAUGGAAUGUUGCAGUUUAUAAUCCAACACUGGACUAGGGCUGUCCCGUCACCUUCCAGUGCAUCUCUGCACAUUUUCAUGGUCUUCUACUGGGUUGUUUCAUAUCACUUUCCCAUCAAGAAAAAUGUUGGGACAAAGAAAAAAGAAGUGAAGGGGCUUAAAAAGCCAUAUUUAACCUGCCAUUUUAGACUAUGCAAAUGAAAAACCAAACUCAGAUGACAUAAGAAGACCCACAUAUUAAGCAUAUUGGGUAAAUAUCAUGGCGAGAGUAUGUUUCUGAAGUUGUCCUGAAUAAGUGAAACUUUCAUAAGAAUCCCAGGUGGUCCUUCAGGUAAAUGCAAAAUUGCUUUUUCAAGAGACUGAACAUUUGGGUUUCAACAAAAGACUAACAAUUCAGUUGUUUAAAGAUAACGUUUUGAUAAAAAUAGUUUGAAGACUGGAUUGUUUUAUCUGGAAAAGAGUAUUAAGAAGUUAUUAGAUUGUUUCAGGUCUUUGAGUGAAUGAAAGACAUUUGAAAGCAGUAAUGUCUUUUCUUUGUAGUUAAGAAAUUCCAGACAAUGUAUAUUGAUUAAUUUAUUGACCUUAAUAUAAAAAUGUUGAAUUAUUUUCAAAAAAUUAUUUGUCUUCUACAAUGCCUUUUUUCAUCAUGAAGCUUGUUAGAGCAUUAGCUAUUUGUAUGUUAGGCACAGGUUGUUUAUGAAAUUUGAUUUUUUUGUUUAAAGUAAUCUCAACUCUUUUAAUGCAUUUACAAUCUUUUAUAUUGAUUCAUCCCUUUGUACAAUGUUCAGUGCCUUGCCCCUAUGCCUUUGACACACAGUGGUAUUGUUGGCUAUUGAUUUGAUGUGAUUUGACAUCAAUCACAGAGUUUACCACCAAAAAUGGGUCAACAAAAUAAGAAUGAGGUGGUAAUUUGAUAGCUAAAUUUUUUUUUAAAAAAAUUGAAUUAUUACUCUCAUACUUAGGUCUGUGGCACAUAUACACUCAUUCUUAUUUCCCUUAAAAAUAAAUGCCAUAUAUAUUUUUUAACCUUAUAAGUUGAGAGAUACCAGUCAACUUGAAUCUCUAGUUUUAAAUUACACUUAAGUUCCAAAGGAAUAGUGUUUUUUAAUUGCACACAAAAGAAGAAACGUUAUUGCAAAAAAUUUCUAAGUGGUGUUUCAUUAUUUGAUGCUAAUAUAUUUUGUGGAAUUGUCAGUAUUAAGUAUAUGUCAGGUAGUAUUAACCAAUGAUCAAUAUUAAGCAUUUAGAUCUGAGGAUUAUGAAUUUUAUAAAACUAUGAGACAGUUAUCCCAAUAUUGGCAGUAAUAAUUUGUCACCCACUAGGUAGAUUUUUAUGAAUAUUUUUGUGUAAUUUGAAAUUAUCUCAUUGUUGAAGCAUGAUUUCACAUGUGGAGGAGAUAAAUUUCUUGCGUGAGAAGUCCAGUCAGUGUUACUAUGAAGUAAGCCACAGAUGCAGUAUGUUUGACCUGUUAAAUAAAACUGCAUUACUACGGUGUUGUACAUUGUGCACAGCUCAUAUUGUUCCUUCCUAGGUGUUAAUAAAAAUUAAAAUAUGGAAACUGG